CUGUUGUAGACUCUGCCAGCCAGCCACGGAUUAAAGCCCGAGACGGAUUGCUUUAACAUUAUGAAUCCUUCUCAUGACAGAGUUUUGACGACGCUUCGAAAGCUGGAGUGUCAUUUCACGUGGACUCUGAGCAAAGAAAAUGUAGACCUGUCAGAUCUUCAGACAAGGCUGGAGGAUGAAAUUGAGCUGGACCUGGGCAAGAAAGAAGGAGCAGCUCGAUCCCACUGUUUUUUGGCCUAUGUUAGAUACCUGCAGGGGUCUUCAGAUGAUGCCAUUGCAAACCUGGUCCAAUCAGAGGAGCUUGCAAGAGAACAUCAUGGCGAGGACUGUGAGCCGUUUCUCAUUGUCACGUACAACAACUAUGCUUGGCUCCAUUACCAUCGUGGAGAAUACCCUCAGUGUGAGAGCUACUUGGAGAAGCUUGCUGAUAUUAUGAAGAAGUUCCCUACAGGGGCUCCAACUGUCCUUCACCCACAGGUCUAUGGUGAGAAAGGCUGGACCUUUCUCAAGUUUGCCCGCAGGUACAAUGACAAAGCAAAGGAGUGCUUCAAAAGAGCCUUGGAGCUGGAGCCAGACAGCAGUGAAUGGAAUGCUGGCUAUGCCAUUGCUCUUUAUCGCACAGAAAAGGAGACUGCAGGAGCUGAAGACUCAGAAACAGUUAAGCAACUACGAAGAGCCAUAGAGAUAAACCCACAGGACGCAGUGCUAAAGGUUUUGUUAGGCCUGAGGCUGAACGUUUUGAAGGACGAGUGUGAGGAGGGUGAGGAGUUGGUAGAGGAUGCUCUCGAGAUGGAACCAAGCAACCCACACGUGAUUCGUUACGUGGGAAAAUACUACCGCCAGCUUGGUUCUGUUGAUCGGGCCAUCACCUUGUUCAAAAGGGCCGUGGAGCGCACCCAGGACGCUGCCUUUCUUCACCAUCAGCUGGCGCUGUGCUACAAGAGGAAGAAGUUAGACUUGUUUCGCAUCACAUGGGGCAAGGGCAAAAGUUGUGAGAUAUCGCAGCUCAACCGCCAGAUCAUCUAUCACCUGGAGCUGGCCACAACCCUUAAGGCGAACUUCAUAUUCGCUAAGACCGACCUAGCAGUGCACUACGGGGAGAGCAACGACAUGGUCCGAGCUGAAGAGAUGUUUCAGGCCACAUUUGACGCUGCCAGGGCAAACCAUGAGCCAUUGCAAGUCAUCCACCUCUACUACGCUCAGUUUCAGCAGUACCGCAACAAGUGUGAAACACUGGCCAUCAAGCACUACAAAGACUGUUUGACACUUGGACCGGAAACUUAUCAAGGGGAGAAGAGUGCUUCAAACUUGAAGAAAAUUGCAGAGAAACGUCUGGCCAGAGACCACCAAGAUGCAGAGGCCUUUGGGAUUUUGGGUUUUGUUCAUAAGGCGAAAGGAGAGAGGCGCCAGGCUUUGGAGUGCUUUGAGAAAGCGAUGGAGAUCGACUGCAGCAAUGACGAGUAUCUCAGUGCGCACUGCGAGCUCAGCUUGUCUUUGCAGUAAGAUUUAUUGAGCAGAUCAUCUUCUACAUGUCUUCAUAAGUAGUCGCAUGGUACCAUUGCUCCAAUGGAUUGCUUUGUUACUUGCUGAAAAACAUGUUACAGGCAUUCAUUACUAACAUGUUAUAACUGUCAUUGGCAUUUUAGCUGUAGCUAGACAUAGACAUGCAGUAUCUUCAGUCUGUGUGCAUAUGACUACACUGUAUACGCAGGGCUGGAUUAAAAUGGCCUGGGGUCCCUAGGCUACAGAUUGCUGUGGGGCCCCCUUGAAAGGCAAACUUUGUGACAAAUUUACAUAAAUAGUGUCAUAAUUACAUGGUAGGAAUUAAGGAUGAUAUACUGUAUGUUGUGUCUACCAAUUGUAAUUAACACGACAGAUUCCUU